GGGUCUGCGUCACUUGGCCAUCAGCCACAGCUCAGACCAGCCGCGCUCGUGCGACAGGCUCCGACACAUUGACUCAGGAGUGCCUUCUGCGGUAGCCUGAGUUUAGAGACGCCCAAGAACUUCGUCAAAAGUGUCUCUUGGAGAAAUUAGGGAAUUGCAGUGUGUUCUGAAACUUCUUCUGCUUCCUCUUUUCCUCCUUUUCAAGUCGUGGAUUUGUCGACAUCAAAGAAGCUGCCUGUGUCAAAGGAUAACAGAACCUACCAGGAGAGCUGUCAACAAUUCCAACACGACUAAGAGCCUGUCGAAGGGUGCAUUAAUCGUCUACGUCCUCAAGAAAGUAACAAAAGUUCUCAUCUUCUUCCUCUACAAAAAUCUCUAAAAAGGAUUGGAGUAUUGUAACCACAAAUUCUCUUCGUAUCUUAACAAACGGAACCUCCUCUUACACCGAGUCGCUAUCUUCUUUCUGUCCUGAUCUUCGAGUCUGAGUUUGCUACUAUUACAUAACCUAAGUUGUUCUACAACGCUCGCACCUUGAAACAGGCCGGGUACCAGUCACGUUACCACACGGAGCAGCAACAACGACAGCAACAGCGAAGCAGGCGGGAGCAGCAACAUCAGCAGUCGGGUUCGUGACCUGGGCAUCCAGCAACUGGGUCAUCAUCUGGGUCAUUCCUGCCUUGCAUCUCCAACGACCCGCAGUGUGAUUGCGGACGGCCUACGUGCCACAGGGCCUCACGCUAUCACUCUCCCUCUCCCUCGAGGCUGCUGUGUCUCGAGUCUCUCCUUCGACCUCGAAGAGGAGGAUUGACGUGGUGACUCUUUCUCUCGAGUUCCCGUGACUCACCGCCCCCGCAAUCACUUUCUACAUGACGUAAGGGGCGAGUUGCAUCAGUUGACGGGGGACAAGAUUUCCAAGCGGUAUAUACACAGCGAAGACAGGAUAACGCCGUCACUGCCCCGAGUCACGGCUCGCCUCACCUCCACCUCCACCUCUCCUCCACCAAGCGUCGACUCAUCUCGAGUGGGAGAGAGAAGGAAAGUGAACGGAUACAAAGGCGAGAGUGGUCAGACUAGCCUCCACCUCCUUCAAGCAUAAGUGCUUCGUCUAUCUGUGGGAGAGUGAAUUCCUGACCAUUUGGGGAAGCGAUCGCUCAGCCACUCAAUUAGCCUAAAGUGUUGAAAGUGAAGCGAGUGUGACGAUUUGAUUGUUACAAUCAGCCAUCUUCACCAACCGUGAACUGAUUCCUUGAAUUGUUAGAAAGUGCAAAUUGCCGCGUGUGCGUGUCAUUGUCUUAGCAAGUCAUUCGCUUAUUCUUCAAUUUGCGUUGAAAUAGUAUAGAUAGAGUGGUAGUGAUUAUCUAAAGCAUUAAAGACGUUACGGAAAAUUUUGUCAAGUUUUACCUUGUGAGUCUGUUCUAGAAAAUUUGGUGUCAUUUUCAUUUCUAAUUAUUAUUAUUUCCAUUUUUGCAAUUUAGAAAAUUUAUAGAUAAUUCAAAAUGCCUGGUUAUCACGGAACGAAAGUGUCAUUUCAACCGGAGAUGCAUAUGAUGCACCAGCCUCGUUCAAAGGAGGUCUUGUACCCACGUUACUAUCCGAUGGGUAAAAUGGUCAACCCUGCAGGUCAUCCUAUGUUCGAGGCUAUGCGAGCCCGCCAUGCCCAGGAUAAAGCCGAUUACGCCCGGAUGAUGAGGGCAAGUAAAAUGGGCGGAGAUGGAGGUUAUCCGACGUUCGACAGUCUGAAGUUGUUGGGCUCUGAAAACGACGCAAACUACUUGGAUGUGUUCAUGAACGAGGGAGCAAAACUCCACCGUUAUAACAGUGAGGAUAACGAUUUUCGUCCACGCGCCCGGAGUUGCUCGCAGACCAAGAGCAGUAAAAAUGACAAACGCAAUAGUGUCAAUAUGGAUAACAUAACCAAGACCAUCUUAGGGAGCCUGCGGUCAACUGCAUCCGACGAAAAUAUGUACGAGUCUGUCGAGGUAAUUCAGUACAGAAAAACAAUCGAGGCCAUAAACCGCCAGAACAAAUUGAGGUCAGUUCCCAAGACUGGCCACCCACUCUUUGAUCACCUUCGCGUCGAGAGGGUCCUGAAUUCCGAUCGCCAUCAUCCUUCUCGCCAAAACUCCCACAACAGCGAUGGCGGGAGUCAUUCGCAGAGUUCUUCCGGCUCAGGCGACGAGUUCGACUACGCCAGGAAACCCAACUGCCGUUUCUCAAGGCGGGAAGUUCUCAUGAGCUCUCGAGGGGACGGAAAGAAGUCCCACCAUGAGCCUCAUAAGCAUAAAAACCAUAAACGUGACAGCCACCACCACAACAAUCCCGAGGCUGGAUCGGAAAGCGACGACGACUGGGCUAUCCCGAGGCCCAAAAUCUGCGGAGGAAAUGUUGGACGGUCACGAAGGACAGGUGCCUCGGGACUGGCGGCCAAUGGAUCUCAUGAAGAAUCGGAUAGCUCAAGUAAGUCUACAGGAUUGCGGUGACGGACACGCCGAAAAGUAAUGCACCGCCCACACUCUUAGCUGUGUUCCCGAAAGGGAUGUUUGCUACUCUGCACGCCUCGCCUGAUGCCCGCGUCCCGCGGGUCGCACACAUUGCACCUUCACGCUUUUCAUUGAUUAUUGUAUAAUAUGGUUUUGUUUUAUUACAAGUCAUGGUGCCAUAAGUUGUAGUCGUCGUUUAAAAUAGGGGGUCAUUACACUCCCCCGACAGUCUCCUCCGGAGGUUCGCUAAAAUUCCCUUCGGAGGACUGCGUCAUUAGUCAUUGUGUGUCAAAGAAGCCAAAGGUGAUUUGGUUCGAAUGGUGCGACCCGUGGUGCUGCUGUUACUCCUCCCGGCCUUUCUGUUUGCUAUAGAGGGCCUCGGAUGGUCGGUCUCAAGCGCGGACCCCUUGAAAUAUCAGCCGAGACUCUCGAGCCUCUAGUGGGGCCCCUGGGCCUCCACGUGAGGGACAGCUGGCCCGUUGGAGUGUCGUUCGUGUGGGCUGGGGACAACAGUCAUAUCAAACUUCGGGCCAGCUGGCCCCUGCACCACCUGGCCCGGGGGCGACCACAAGAGCCCGUGUGUUGAGUGUGCACGGAGCACUGCCUGUCGCCAGUGUUGUAGUAGCACAUAUGUGCACCUCUCACGAUGCACAGUACAUCACACAAAAGACACUUCUCACACCCAACCCUAUUAAUUGUAUCUCCUUUGUACAUAGCUGUACAGAUUCCCCUUUUCUUUCCAUGCAUUAAGUGUUUCCAUGAUAUGACUUUUGGAUGUCUAAUGUUGUUAUUGCAGCAGCUGACCGUGAUAUCUAUAUAUUUUCUCUUGGAAGAUAAGCUUGAGUAGAGGAAGUAAGCGUAUUAUCUCUGUCAUUUGUCUCUUCUGUAUUUAUCAAAUUAUAUUUUUGUGUUUCUUUGCUCCAGUGUGUGUGUGUAUAUAUAUAUAGUAAUGCGCUGUGGAAGGUAGUUCCUGUGUGUCUACCGUAGAUGAGCCUUGUACCCUUUUCCAACCGGUCAUUGUGCUUCAAUAAAAGAGGUAGAGGGAA